CACCACACUCCCCGCCAAGAAGACCCCGCCGUCAAUCCGUUCCUACAGUAGUCCAUGGUGUCAUCUAUUUGCUGAUCCCCACCAGCCGAAUCUACAGUGCAUCACAGCGGCCGUUAGCCACCUGCUGCGGCACCACUAAAGGCCCUAAACUCGCAGUUGGGAGGGGUUGUUUUGGCUUUUGGCUAUGAGCCGCUAGCCUAACGCCUCUUAGCUUCCCCCAGCGCUCCUCUCCUUCUCCGCCCCCUUCCACAGGGCCCCCUCUCCGCCUAAAGCCAGACGCUGAGGGGCAGGCACACCACACGAAUUCCAGCGUCAAAGCCACUCACUCGCUGCACACGCCACAGCACCCUGCCCGCCUGGUUCUGCCCCCGGUGCGCCACCACCCCAAGCAAAGCUAGCGGAGCUUCAGCCGACAGCGCGCAACACCACACACGAUCAAGUCUUCUUCCACGACAACCGCCCAACGACAACCCCACGGAAUAGUACAGGCCCUCGCAAGCGACGACACCAGCGACAAGAAGCACGAAAACGCGUCGACCACACAAACGCACGCCUCUCCCUGCCGGCGACUGCAUCCAUCCCACCCUCGUCACCGCCCGCCAUGACCGUCUACUCCUUUCACAUCUUUGACCGGCACACGGAAUGCAUAUACGUCAAGUCAUGGGCGCCGCGCCCCGAGUCUAGCUCCGGGAUGCCCGCCGCCAUGCCUCAGCCCGUCUCGACAACCUCGGACGACGCAAAGCUCAUCUUCGGCACUGUCUUUUCGCUACGCAACAUGGUCCGCAAGCUAGGCGGCGACGACGAUGCUUUUAUAUCCUACCGCACGGGGCAGUACAAGCUGCACUUCUACGAGACGCCGGCCAACCUGCGCUUUGUCCUCAUUACCGAUACAGCUUCGCCGAGCAUGCGCAACGUCUUGCAUCAGAUAUACAUCAACCUUUGGGUAGAAUACGUCGUCAAGAAUCCUCUGGCCCCUGUCGAACACAGGGGCGGCGACGGUGUCAAGAACGAGCUCUUUGAGCUUGGGCUCGACCAAUUUAUCCGUGGCUUAAUGUAAAAAGGGUGCCAAGGAAACGAAAUAUUUUGGAACACAAAAGGAAAUCACGAUACGAGUUCAAGACAGCGCUAGGCGCUUUUACAUCCUCGCUGAGCUGUUGUAGUGCUGGGGCGGGCAGCCGGCAUGCGAGCGUAUACAUCACCCAUCACAUGUACAUAUAUAAUAGAUGAGCCAUGAGAAUUAUCAAAAAGUAUAGUUUCAUAUGCAGUGAUGGCAAGUAAACAAAAUACGCGAGUAAUUAUGUAACGUUGUACAGAUAUCCUCUAGCCCAGAGGAUCUAUGCGUCCAAAAUGUAUCUCCCAUCUCCUUGCGCCUAAUAUCCUUUACAUGGCCCCUCUCAUCACUUAGACUCCACUGCCUUCUCCCAUGCGCUCUCAAAGUCAGACUUUUGGCUCUCAACCAUGACGAUGCUCUCAGAGCCUUGCGUCUUAGUCUGAGGUAGGCUCUCGUCCCUGGCGACACCCACUGGUGGUGCAGGUGUAGCCGCAUCUUCUGGCUUGACGUGAACGGCGCUUCCCAUCAUGCCAUCGCCGUGGACCUCACUUUCCCAGUUGCUAGAAUACACUACAGCGGCAAAAGCCUCCAGGUCCCGAACGGCCUCCAUGUCUUGCAGAUACUCGUUGGGGACGCCGUUGCCGAUAACGUGAGCCUGUCGUGUCAAAACAGACAAGAUCUUGGGCAGCAACACCACCUUGGUGUGCUUGGCUUCAAAGGGGGCGGCAGGGACAAAGCCAGUUGCCUCAGUUGGUAGCUCAAAUGCUUCGGAGCCAAGCUUCUUGUCAACAAGUGAGGAGAAGCCAGCAUCCAAGAGCAGGCUGAGGACGUGCGUGAAAGCUGGGGAUUCGAUCAAAUCCGCAGUUUCAUCCAAAAGACGUCUCAAGGCAGCCGACGAUGUAGGUGCUUCGACUGUUUCAAAGUUGUCCUCAAGAAUGCCUGACUGGCUAAUAACCUCGCCUUCCUGGUCUUGGGGAGGUAGCAGAUAUUUCAACCAAUUGGCCUUUUGGCGCUCCUCGGGAGUUGCGCCUUCGACCAAUUUGCGCACCUCAACAGUCAACUCUGCAAAUCUAUCAAAGCUGAGAAGGUCGCGCGGAUUCAAGGUGCCAAAGACUGUUCGCACAGCUUGUUCGACACGGUGCAUAAUAUCCACCCAACCCUUGUUCAGCAGCCACCAGCUAAAGGUAAGGUACUUGCGGUUGGUAUCGAAAUCGUUGCCAUAGGCCUGCUCAGUGUUGUCGUCGUCAUUGUUUUCGAGGCUGAUGGUAGCUUGCUGCGACCCGGUGGCGAGAGCGACAACGCUGGAGAGGUAGCUGCGGCGACCGAGAAGGUUCAACUGGACACGGGUGAGCAUAGUAAGAAGGGCUAGGGUGUAAAUGAGAGUGAAGGCUCUUGUGACAGCUUAGAUAGAGUUAGCAAUGUAAGGUUCCUUGCAGGUGGGGCGACGUUGGAGGCUAAAACUCACAGCUGAUGAUGAGAUCGUCCCAAAGCUGCCUCUUGCUGCGGCGAGGUGCAGACGUAGGAGGCGCCUCUGGCUGAGCACUCUCAGUACUUGCAGACAGAGCAAUUUGGCUGGCGUGGACACCGCUGUCGCUUUGGAGGCUGCCCAUGCUCUUGCCAUCGUCCUCGGUGAGGGUGGUGUCAGCGAUGCUUGGAGGCGGAAUGGCUUCGGCGCCGGCCGCUCUAGGAGCUUUGGUGGCCUUGGCCUGCUGGAUCUCAUAUGUGAUGUCUUCGGUGUUGAGUGUAGCGAGGAUGUUUGUAGUAGCGGUGGGCAAGAGGGCGAGGACGGUAAAGGUGCAAUCUUCCUGGUUCUGUUCGAAGCGGCGACGAAGG